AUGCCUCCUCAAAUAAAACAAGAUCUCAACCGCUCGGGUUGGGAAACCACCGACUUCCCCUCCGUCUGCGAAAACUGCCUCCCAGAAAACCCUUUCGUCCAAAUGAUAAGAGAAGACAUGGGAUCAGCCUGUAAAGCGAGUUUACACCCCGCUCUAUCUUUCUCUUUUAUACUCAAACUAACACACUCCAGAUUUGUACCCGUCCCUUCACAGAUUUCCGCUGGAAACCCGACCGUACAGCCCGUAGCAAAAGAACCAACAUCUGCCUGACCUGCGCCCGACUAAAGAACUGUUGCCAAUCAUGCAUGCUCGAUCUCUCCUUUGGACUCCCCAUUGUAGUCCGCGACGCCGCGUUGAAAAUGAUCGCUCCCGGUCCCCAGAGCGAAGUAAAUCGCGAGUUCUACGCGCAGAAUCAUGAGGCGGAAAUUCAGGAUGGCAGAGGAGGAACGGAAGCCUAUGACAAGACGGACGAGAAGGCCAGAGAAUUGUUGAGAAGACUAGCGAAUAGCGAACCAUACUUCAAAAAGCAAAGACGAAUAGGUCCUGCAGAUGGGGAGGGAAAUGGAGAGUCGUCGAAUUCCAUGGCUUUAACAACGGGAGGACCAGGACCAAUACGAACACGCGACAGCAGAGGUGGAGGCGCAUCUCGAGGAGCAGGAAGAGGAGGACGAGGUGGAGGCAGAGGCGGUCGUUCAUUCCCUUCCGCAGCCCAACUCCCCCCAGGACCAGCAGAUAUCGCACCCCCCUCUGACCCAACGAUCACCUCUCUAUUCAUAACCGGUGUCGAAGACGAUCUCCCCGAGCACAAAAUCCGGGAUUUUUUCACACCAUACGGCAAAUUACGAUCGUUAGUUUGCUCACACAUGUCCCAUUGCGCAUUCAUUAACUACGCUACGAGAGAGGAUGCGGAGGCUGCUGCUGAGGCGUUACAGGGGAGAGCGGUAAUCGCGGGGUGUCCUUUGAGGGUUCAGUGGGGACGACCGAGGCCCAUUGGGACGAUGGAUAAGGAGGAGAGGAUUGCGACGGGACGGGAGGGACGACAUGCUUUUGCGACGCCAAGGGGAGGUGGACAGAGGAGAGGUGGUGCGGGUGGGAUACAGGGACAGGUUCAGGAGGCGAGAGAGGAUGUUUUGGCUAGUAUGAGUGCGGUUGCUGCACCGCCUGGAGGGGAUGAUGUGCAGUAUGCUAGUUUGGCGGGGAAUUAA